GCAGUAAAACGGGGCGUUGUGGAGACUGACCACGUCCAUUCGUGGAUAAACUCUUUUUAAAGACGUAGGAUACCGUAAUGUAAGAAAAAGAAGACCUUAAAGAAAAACAGGAAACAGUUUGUUGAUUGGAGCGUUCACGGCAAUGGGCAACGACAGACGGCUUUGUGCAAAGGUUCGAAGACUUCCAAGAUAAACAGGAAUUUAUUUAUUUUGCCAUCCAAAGAUUUGAGGGGGGUGGGGGUGUACCGCUCAUGCGUGGAACUUGUUGGGAGUUUCCCUUUUUAACGAGGAAAUGUUAGUAGCUUCUCUUGCAAAAAGCAAACGGUACAAGUAACAUUACUCCGUCCAAACGGGAGAGGACUUAUUUGUUUUUUGGAGGGAAGGACAUGGCCAAAUUGUUCCGUGCUGCUAUAAUGGGUCCUCCGGGAUCAGGGAAAGGUACCAUAUCGGAAAGGAUUGCGCAAAGCUUCGGCCUUCAGUAUUUAUCCAGUGGUCACUUUUUACGAGAGAGCAUAGCCGCUAAUACAGAGGCAGGAGUGCAAGUAAAGACAUAUGUGGAGAAAGGUAUGCUAGUGCCUGAUCAUGUGAUGACCAGGCUGAUGAUGCCCAGACUGGAACACAUGAGUGGUCAAAGCUGGCUUUUAGAUGGUUUUCCACGGACACUUGCACAGGCCCAAUCCCUGAACAAUUUGUACCAGCUUGACUUGGUAAUCAGUCUCAACAUCCCUUAUGAGACUCUUAAAGACAGACUGAGUGACCGCUGGAUCCACCCAGGCAGUGGCCGAGUUUACAACAUGGGCUUCAACCCACCCCGAGUGCAGAGAAAAGAUGACAUCACCGGGGAGCCCCUGAUUCAGCACGAUGAUGACAAACCAGAAGCUUUGAUGACUAGACUGAGACGUUACAAAGAUGUGGCGAAGCCCGUCAUUGACUUAUACAAGUCACAAGGAAUCCUGCACUCAUUUUCUGGUACAGAAACAGAUCGGAUUUGGCCUUACAUCAACUCUCUCCUCAGCACCAAGAUGCACACACAGCCAGUCGAUGCCCAUCAAAGCCAGGUUCAUCACUAACAGUGGAGUUGAGAAAUGGCAGGAUGCAAUCUUUUUUUCACCUAAUUGUCAUUUGAAGUUUUUGCAAAUUUUGUUAGUUAAAAUUGGAGGUGUGCAUGUUUGCAAUAAUAUAACAGCAUGGUAUUUAGUGACUAGCUAACCUGAUCAAUAGAAGCUAUUCUAUACAAACUCAGAUUUUUACUUGCAACAUGCACAGUCCCACUACACAGAAUAUAAAUUGACGCUACAUGCAAACAGAACAGUAGGAAAAAGAGAAUGAAAGAAAAGGAGAAAGAAAUAAGUCAACUGUAAAGGAAGAAUUUCCUUUGCAGUAUACACUGUCUGGCACUAGCUAUGCAGUAUGUUCAUUAAGUCAGACUAAUAAAAUGGUUUGACAAAGACAAGAAAAGCGUUGCGUAGUGGUGAGGAUAAUCAUUCGAAAGUUGAAUUUGGAGGUGAACUAAGGUAAUCCAGUAUAUACUAAUAUGGCAUUGUAAUACCUCAAGAAUCUCAAAUCAUAACUGUUUUAAAAU